CAUGUACAUACUUUUUCAGGUUGAGCAUUUAUAACAGGAUUGCUUUCAACAAAGUGUAUGACAAAUAUCUCGUAAAAACUGUACAUCUGACGCUUGAGCUGGAAUCCAAUUAUCUGAUGGCUUAUGGCAUGGUUUUCCUAAAUACGAGAAAAAGGUUUAUACAAUAUAGCGUAAAAUUAUAAAAAGUUUUGAUAAACUAAAAACACUAAUCAAGCGGUAAUAGACGUGUGUCCUCUAUUGCCCCUGUGUGGCUGACUUGGGGCACGACAUUAUGGAGACGUGACAGACGUUGAUUAAACUGAAAAUAGGUUUUUAGGCGCACAUUAUUGGGUCUUCUGUGAGGACCACGGACUGUGGUUGUUGCACCAAAAGUUCUUUCCAUUACAUUCGGUGAUGAAGACGUGAAGUGAGUCUAUGACUGCAUCAGCUGGACGUCACGUACGGCACGUAGCGGAUUGGAAAUGAGAAAAUAUCAGGAAAUGACACCUCACAUGAGAUAUCCGCCUCCACACAGCUGCAGCUGCUGAGGGAUUGAAGCUUUUUCCUCAUUUCUAGCAAAACGCGCGGACUGAGAAGGGCUCCAUCUUGACAACGUUAAAUAACGAACAGAGAGAAAACCCCCAGAGAGGUCGUGAUGGCGCCGGUGGUCUUCUUGCUCCUCCUCCUCCAGAUGUCCGGAUCUGCGCACGGCAAGUGCUUCUGUCAGGUCACAGGUGAACUGGACGACUGUGCCUGCGAUGUCGAGACCAUUGACGGUUUCAACAACGAGCAGCUUUUCCCCAAACUUCAAACUCUUCUGGAGUCUGACUACUUCAGGUUCUACAAGGUGAACCUGAACAAACCGUGUCCUUUUUGGACGGCCAUCAGUCACUGUGGUCUAAGAGACUGUGCAGUGAAGCCCUGCUCACCUAACGAGGUUCCUGAGGGAAUCCGAUCCUCUCCACAUGAGAAGUAUUCUGCAGAGGCAAAUGAGGAGCAGCUGGAUGAAUGUGAGAAGGAGAAACAUCUCGGAGCUGUAGAUGUCUCUCUGAGUGAAGAGACACGAGAGGCUUUAUUGGAUUGGAGCAAACACGACGACGAGGCCGAACGGUUCUGCGUAGUUGACGACGAGGAGUCACCGGACUCAUCAGAGAACAAUACAUGUUUCACAUUCAGCAGACAUGGCUGA